AUGAAGUCCUGGACCGCAUUCUCGACUAUAUCCUUGCCAUUCCUACUACGACAUAAUACAUUUGAAGCUUGGCUGGAACAGCACACCUUCGCUUGUACCCCUACCUAUGCUGCGCCAAUCGGCGCCAUUCUAGCGGUCUCGAAACGAUGGUACGCCAUCGGCAUUCCUCUUCUGUACGAGUCCGCAAUCCUGCGCACCUGGAGCCAAGCAGAAGGAUUCGCACAGGCCCUAGCCAACCCACGCCUAGGGCCACUCAAACUAGGCCUCCGCGUCCGCCGACUGCGCAUCGAGAGUUACAACAACUUUGACCAAGUCCUGCAAGGCACCCCCAGGAUCGCUGAUCUCUUUCUCAGCCUCAACCCCGAUUCAUGUACAGAUAGGGACCAAAUGGUCCGGCGCGCGCUGCGGGAGGCGAACCCAUCACGACUGUUCUUAGAUCGCCUGGAACGGUCGCUCGGUACACAGAAGUUCGAGCGUACGCUCAUCUACGGUCUCGCUCGCGCCCUACCGGAAUGGACGCGUCUUAAACAGAUCUAUGCGAGCCCGGGAACCGUCAUUUGGCGCGAGCUGCUCCAACCGCUCAGCAAGGCACCAGCGCUGGAGUAUCGGUUGGGCCUCCCCCGCAUGUAUGGCAUCCCACACUUCCCGCAGACAUUCCCCGAGGUGGAAUUGUCCGUUACGGAAUUCAUGCGACGGAUCUGCUCUUCUAGCAAGCUCGCGGACCUCGUCCGCGUACUUUACAUCGACUCGCCGUCAGAACUGAUGCGAGUGCCUGUUCCCCUCAAGAACCUGGUCUACGCGUCCUGCUAUCUUCGAGUGUUCCCGGCGCUGCCGGCGCUGCUCUCGAACGGUCAAAGCUCCCCGUUGCAAUACAUGAAGCAGGAUCUGUCCAGCGCAAAGCCUAUUCGACCUACGGCGUUCCUCAAGUAUUCGCACCUGCAGACAAUCAUUUUGCAUGGAGGCCGUGCGGGUGGCCGAGGCAUGGAGACAUCCGCUGACACACUGCCCAAGCUUGAAACCCUCCACUUCGUAGACGUGGACCAUAGCCUCAUCUUCAUGUUUGCGUCUAUGAUCAGGCUCCCGUCACUGCGCAAGUUCAGCUACGAAAGCAGUAGGACUGUCCAUGCACGCGCGCUCUCCAGCUUCCUGCGAGCGCCCGGGGUGAAGCUACACAUUAAUAUUCUGUCUGCGACGUCGUACGCAAACAUCCCGCAGCUCCUCAACCUGUGUCCUAACAUCGUGGAGCUCAAUCUGCUCGAUGAGAGGCUCCCGCCUGUGGACGGCAUUCGCUUCGUGGAGGCGUGUACGCCGCACGCAUCGAUGCAGCGUAUCGUGUUCCCGCGGCAGUUCCUCAGCGCAAAUCGUCACUACGAUGAGGAAAAAACCGAUGCGUGGUACGACUUCAGCCGGUUCCUCGCUGCGCACAAGGCUCAGCUCCCUGCGCUCACGGAGGUGUGCGUCGACACGAUCGUGGGGCCGCACGUAGAGUCGGAGAUGGCCAUCUCGAUGGCCGUCUACGUUGCGUGGUUCUUGAACUCGAAGGCGGGCCUCGCGGCGCCACUCGCGGACAUUACGGGCAGGCCGGUCCGCCGGCUCGCGCCUGUCCCGACAUAG